UCCGACAGCUGCUGCGAGGCUGAAGUGACAGUGGACCGGUCUUCUAGAGCUGCUGCUCCCUCAGUCUUUAGGCGUCACCGAGAGCUUAGCACCAAGGCUAAACUGUACCAUUUAGAAGAAUGGAGGGUGAUGCGUCUGUUGACAUGUUCUCAAAAGUCCUGGAGAACCAGUUACUUCAGACUACCAAACUAGUAGAAGAGCAUUUGGAUUCUGAAAUUCAGAAACUGGAUCAGAUGGAUGAAGAUGAAUUGGAACGCCUCAAAGAAAAGAGACUCGAGGCACUCAGGAAAGCUCAACAGCAGAAACAAGAAUGGCUUUCUAAAGGACAUGGGGAAUACAGAGAAAUCCCUAGUGAGAGAGACUUUUUUCAAGAAGUCAAGGAGAGUAAAAAGGUAGUUUGCCAUUUCUACAGAGAUUCCACAUUCAGGUGUAAAAUACUAGACAGACAUUUGGUGAUACUGUCCAAGAAACAUCUUGAGACCAAGUUUUUGAAGCUGAAUGUGGAAAAAGCACCUUUCCUUUGUGAGAGACUUCGGAUCAAGGUCAUUCCCACACUAGCCCUGGUAAAAGAUGGGAAAACACAAGAUUAUGUUGUUGGAUUUACCGACCUAGGAAAUACAGAUGACUUCACCACAGAAACUUUAGAAUGGAGGCUUGGUUGUUCUGAUAUUCUUAAUUACAGUGGAAAUUUAAUGGAGCCACCAUUUCAGAGCAAAAAGAAAUUUGGGACAAACUUCACAAAGCUGGAAAAGAAUACUAUUCGAGGAAAGAAAUAUGAUUCAGACUCUGAUGAUGAUUAGAGCUCAAUUGUAAUUCUUUGUAAAUUGUCUGUUUCUGUUUACUUCAGAUAUAAAUGUGUUUUCUAAAUUGUACUGAUUUCACUACACUGCUCACUUAAUACUCAUAUUCUGGAGUUUUAUACAGUUCCAUCACACUAAAAGGCAUCUUUACUAUUUUCUGUGAGUUCAUCAUGUUUAAGGUGAGGGAAACUUUGUUGUUUUUCAGUGACUUAGAAAGGGUCUGGUUUCUCUAUUUUUGAGAUUGAUUUUAUCAUAAUAUGAUUCUUACAUCUUUAUACCAUUCACCAUUGUGUUUUUAAUCUACUAAGCUGAAAAUAGAAAUUCAGCAAACUUUUCCAAACUAACUCUUAAUCAGUGUUAUUUAUACAACAAGCCACAUAACAUUUACUGGUGUAACACUCUGCACUUGUAAAUGAAUUAUAAACACUUCACUUGUGGAAUAUUUAAAUAACUAUUAAAGAACUGCUAACUUACUC